AUGUUGAACCAGUCUUUUCUUAAGAUCAGUGUGCUAGUCGCCACCUUAUGUCUCAACGCACUCCGUGUAUCUUCAAUGGUGUGGAAUUGCCCAGGCCAAUAUACGAUCCAGGGUGUUUGUGACCAAAACAAGGACGAUGGCACCACCAACAUAAAUUGCCACCCGGAGAGCUGUUCCAACGGGGGUAAGAAAUGGGUUCCAAUGUCGAACUGUGUAUGGAAUGACCGAUACGACGUCCCUGGCCUAAGCAAGCAGCAAUGUGCCCAGUAUACUUAUGUUACUAGUGACAAGACAUACGAUUGUAAGAACCCAGCGGGCCAUAACUAUAUCUGCUCCUCAAACCCAACAGGUGGAUUCAUGACGUGCACCGAUUGCUUCACCGUACCCUAA